AUAAUUUUCCUAAUUUCCGCCUGUACCCAAAUUCGGUUGUGCUACGAAGUCGAUUUAAACGUCAGUUUUCGGAUAUUUUCGAUACACGUGUUUAUUACCUUUGGGCUAGUCCGGAACGAUUGUCAAAGGCUAACUCCAUUACGUCCCCUCCUGCUGGUUUACGACUUAUUUUCCCGAAGAUUAUUUUGCUGACAGGACAUUCACUCGA